AUGAAGUCAUCGAUACAACGACCUGCCCUACAGGCACUAGGCACCAGACCACGUCGUCUAAAUGACUGGAUAUCCAGUCACACCAUCCAGUUAGCUAAUGCGGCCAGACAGGCCCGUCUAGCUCAAUCCUCUGCUUAUCGUGAUCUCAGGCGACAAGCAACGCGAUCAGCCAGGAACGAUAGAUGCAACUAUUGGAAUGAAAUGGCCACUAAAACGGAGGCAGCAGCCAACCUGGGCAACACGACGACCCUCUUCCGUCUUAUUCGAUCAGCAUCGGGCAAGAAUCAGGUCACCCACUCUGUGCUGCGCAGCGCCUUCGGUGAGCUCAUCUCCGAUGCGCAGGGAAAAAUGUCUCGGUGA